ACCCCCAUCACCUGUUACCUCCGCUCCCCAGGUUGCCUGAAGUUCCCCGGCGGCGCCCGGCAGGACGGGGAGCGCCGCGGCUCCGGCUCGCAGGGACCCUCCAGUGGCUGCUGCAGCAUGGGCUGGCUCAGGGGGAUUGCCUUGCUUUCCUUGGGAGUAUUACUAGCAGGAAGAGUGAACUGCCAGCAUGUGAAGAAUAAUGUGCCAAGGCUCAAAUUAUCUUAUAAAGAAAUGUUGGAAUCCAACAAUAUAAUAAAUUUCAAUGGACUAGCUAAUAGCUCCAGUUACCACACUUUCCUCUUGGAUGAAGAACGGGGUCGGCUGUACGUUGGAGCAAAGGAUCACAUAUUUUCUUUCAACCUGGUUAACAUCAAGGAAUAUCAAAAGAUUGUUUGGCCUGUAUCUCAUUCCCGAAGGGAUGAGUGCAAGUGGGCUGGAAAAGAUAUUCUGAGAGAAUGUGCUAAUUUCAUCAAGGUGCUUAAGGCUUACAACCAAACCCACUUGUAUGCCUGUGGAACAGGGGCUUUUCAUCCAGUCUGCACCUAUAUUGAAGUUGGAAGCCAUCCUGAGGACAACAUUUUUAAAAUGGAAGACUCACAUUUUGAAAAUGGCCGGGGGAAAAGCCCUUAUGAUCCUAAACUGCUGACAGCUUCUCUUUUAGUAGAUGGAGAACUGUACUCCGGCACAGCAGCAGACUUCAUGGGCAGGGACUUUGCCAUUUUCCGAACUCUAGGACAUCAUCAUCCAAUCAGAACAGAGCAGCACGACUCCCGGUGGCUAAAUGAUCCUAGAUUUAUUAGUGCUCACCUGAUACCAGAGAGCGACAAUCCAGAAGAUGACAAAAUCUAUUUCUUCUUCCGUGAAAAUGCCAUUGAUGGGGAGCAUACUGGAAAAGCCACUCAUGCCAGAAUAGGGCAGAUCUGCAAGAAUGACUUUGGUGGGCACAGGAGCCUUGUUAACAAGUGGACAACUUUCCUCAAAGCACGGCUGAUUUGUUCUGUGCCAGGCCCCAAUGGCAUUGACACACACUUUGAUGAACUACAGGAUGUGUUCCUAAUGAACUCAAAAGACCCUAAAAAUCCAAUAGUCUAUGGAGUGUUUACAACUUCCAGUAAUAUCUUCAAGGGCUCAGCAGUGUGCAUGUACAGCAUGACGGAUGUGAGGAGGGUAUUUCUUGGUCCCUAUGCCCACCGAGAUGGCCCAAACUACCAGUGGGUUCCCUACCAGGGUCGAGUGCCAUAUCCACGGCCAGGAACUUGUCCCAGUAAAACAUUUGGAGGCUUUGAUUCCACCAAAGACCUUCCUGAUGAAGUCAUAACAUUUGCAAGAAGUCAUCCAGCCAUGUACAACCCAGUAUUCCCCAUCAACAACCGUCCAAUCAUGAUCAAAACAGAUGUGGAUUACCAGUUCACACAGAUAGUAGUAGAUCGAGUAGAUGCAGAAGAUGGCCAAUAUGAUGUGAUGUUCAUUGGCACAGAUAUUGGAACAGUUCUUAAAGUGGUUUCAAUUCCUAAGGAGACUUGGCAUGAAUUAGAGGAAGUCUUGCUGGAAGAAAUGACAGUCUUUCGGGAACCUACUGUUAUUUCAGCAAUGAAGAUUUCCACAAAACAGCAACAGCUCUACAUUGGCUCAGUCACUGGAGUUUCACAGCUUCCUUUGCACCGCUGUGAUGUGUAUGGAAAAGCAUGUGCUGAGUGUUGCCUUGCAAGAGACCCUUACUGUGCCUGGGAUGGUUCAUCCUGCUCACGUUACUUCCCCACUGCUAAGAGACGUACUAGACGACAAGACAUAAGAAAUGGAGACCCACUUACCCACUGCUCAGACUUGCAGCAUCAUGAUAACCUAAGUGGUCAGACCCUGGAGGAAAAGAUUAUCUAUGGAGUAGAGAAUAGCAGCACUUUUCUUGAGUGCAGUCCAAAAUCUCAGCGUGCUGUAGUCUACUGGCAAUUCCAGAAGCAAAAUGAUGACCGCAAAGAAGAGAUAAAAGUGGAUGAUCGCAUAAUCCGAACAGAGCAGGGCCUGUUGCUUCGAAGUCUUCAACGGAGAGACUCUGGUAUUUAUUUUUGUCAUGCUGUGGAACAUGGCUUCAUGCAAACUUUGCUCAAGGUGACCCUGGAAGUAAUUGACACUGACCACCUGGAAGAGCUGCUCCAUAAAGAAGAUGAUGGUGAUGCCUCCAAGACCAAGGAUGCUACCAAUAGCAUGACCCCCAGUCAAAAGAUCUGGUAUAGAGACUUCAUGCAGUUAAUCAAUCACCCCAAUCUUAACACAAUGGAUGAGUUCUGUGAGCAGGUUUGGAAAAGAGACCGCAAACAACGCCGGCAAAGACCUGCCAAUGCGCAGGUGAACACAAAUAAGUGGAAGCACCUACAAGAGAAUAAAAAAGGUAGGAACAGGAGGACCCAUGAAUUUGAGAGGGCACCACGGAGUGUCUGAGCUACAUUACCUCUAGGAACCUCAUCCAAGUAGAAACUUGUAUAGACAGACAACUGGAAAAAAAUGCAAUAUUCAUGAACUUUUUCAUGGCAUUAUGUGGAUGUUUACAAGAGUGGAAAGUUCAAACAGUUUCCACCAGGUUUAAAUAAAAUCAAUUUCUAACUUUCCUAGUAAGUCCUUCCUCUCUGCUCCUAUUGUA